GAUAAUCCCAGCGCGAGCUGAUGGACAUGCCUAGCUGAAAGGAUGAGACGUCGUCCACAGGCGGCCGGUGCUGCCAAAGCUCUGGUGCAAUAUCACAAUGACUUCAAUGAGGCUCAGAAAGAGGCAAAGGCUCCAAAGUCUGCACCAAAGGUGCGACAAGCUGAGGAGCCACAGACACCAGAGAAGGGAAGCAGGCCUACUUCUCCGUCGCCAAAAAGCAAGGCAGGUGCCAAGGCGCCAAGUCCCAAAGUUCCGCCCGCAGCAGCAAAGGAAAGCCCGGUGAAGUCGCCUCCAAAGGCUCCAGCAAAGGCGGCGAGCCCUCGGAGCAGGACUCCAGAGGCAAAAUCCCCGCCAGUGACACCGCGACCAGCCAGCGCAGGGGCAAAAGCACCUCCAGCUAAGGCUGCAAGCCCAGAAAGGCCUGCACGAAGCCCAAGUGAGGCCAAAGCGAAGGCGAAGGCUCCAGCUCCAGCAGCUCCAGCAGCUCCAACAGCUGCAGCUCCAACUACGGCAACCAGGGCAAAGCCUUCGCCCAGGGCCAAGGUCCCGCCGCCAGCGGAGCGCCCAUCGCCACCAGCAAAGGCACCUGCGGCAGCGAAGCCAAAGGGAGAGACUCCACCUGCCAAGGUUACUUCGCCUGCAGCCAAGGAGGCCAAAGAGGCGAAAGAGGCCAAAGUCAAGGAGAGCCCGCGCCAGGCUGCAUCGCCCAAGGCGACGCCUCGAGGAAAGGCAGAGGCAACACCAAAGGCUGCGCCCGUUCCUGCCUCGCCGGCACCGCAGCCUAAGGGCAAACCGCAUGUCCCGCGUGUGGCCAUGCUCGCAAAGGUCAAGCCAAAGCCGCCACCAAAGGAAGAGGAGGAGCCAGAGCCCAAACCAAAACCUGUCACCAGGUCACUGUAUCCAGCCGCUCCAAGACGACCAGCAAGUACGCCACGUCCACGUCAGCCAUCUAAACAAAGCAGUGCGCCAUCGGAGUCAUCUGCAGGUGACAUGGCAGCGGCGGCGGCUGCAGCUAGCCGCACAGUGCGCGUCACUUCGGAUUAUUCCGAAGAGGAGAUGACAGGCAAAGCAUGGCAAAGCCGCAGAGCGGAGUGCAGAGAUGUGCAGAGCAGAUCGAAACGGAACUUCUCGAACUCCCUUUGGAAGCCCUAACUUGAUGCAGUCCUAGAUGCAGCUCAAACAUUGCC